AUGUCUGGCAACACCACUGAUCCUACAGAGGAGCACAAGGUUUAUCUUAACGAUGUUACACCAGGCAACGGGUCCAACGUUCUGAGAAACAGCGACACCGUUCAAGUCUCGCAAGUCUCGUCUUCCUCUACCUUGGACUCAAACCCGUUUUUAGACCCGAAGGUGGAAAAACACUACCGAGAGAUAUACGAAAACAGCAAGUAUGAGUGCCGCCAUGAGUUCGACCCAACCUUCACGUGGGAACCUGAAGAAGAGAAAAAGUUGGUCAGAAAACUAGACUACAGAGUCGCGUUAUUAGCGUGCUUUAUGUUUGUCGCCUUGCAAGUUGAUAGGGGGAAUUUGGCCCAGGCUACCUCGGAUGGGUUAUUGAAAGACCUCAAACUCACUACUAAUGACUACAACACGGGGAACACCCUUUUCUUGGUGGCCUUCUUGUUGGCCGAGUUACCUUCUCAGUUAAUUUCGAAAAGGUUGGGUCCUGAUCGGUGGAUUCCGUUCCAGAUGAUUGCUUGGUCCGUUAUUGCCGCUUCUCAAGCUGCGAUGAAAAAUAAAGCCGGAUUCUAUGCCACCAGGUACUUGAUUGGAACAUUAGAGGGUGGUUUCAUUCCGGACGUGGUUUUGUGGUUGUCCUACUUCUACACAUCUAAGGAAUUACCAAUGAGAUUAUCCUGGUUCUGGACCACUUUAUCGUUAACUCAGAUUGCCACCUCUUUGUUAGCUGCCGGGAUUUUAAAGUUACGAGGCCAUGGUGCCUUACCUGGUUGGGCGUGGUUGUUUUUGAUUGAGGGCUUGUUUACAUUGGUUAUCGGGGUUGCGGCUGUGUUCCUCAUGGUUCCUUCUGCCGUGCAGACCAAAGCUCGGUGGAGACCUAAUGGGUGGUUCACGGACCGGGAAAUCAAGAUUGUUGUUAACCGUGUCUUGAGAGACGAUCCUUCAAAGGGGGAUAUGCACAACCGUCAAGCCAUCACGCCUAAGUUGUUAUGGAAGGGUAUUUCAGAUUACGACUUGUGGCCAAUUUAUUUUAUUGGAUUGGUUGCGUAUGUUCCCACCGGAACGCUCACGUCAUAUCUCUCCCUUAAUUUACGAGCAAUGGGGUUUACGACCGUACAAACAAACUUGUUGAACGUCCCUUACCUGGUCAUUCAUAUCAUCUUACUCCUCAUCAUCACGUGGGCCACAGUGAAGUAUAACCUGAGAUCUCUCAUUUCACUUUUCCAGCCGUUUUAUACAGUUCCCCUCCUUGGAGUUCUUUGUUGGUGGAAGGGGGCAAUGAAAGACAAGUGGGGAACUUAUGUGGUUUCAACUUUGAUUUUGGGUAACCCGUACAUCCACGCAAUUUGUGUGAGUUGGUGUUCGACUAACUCAAAUUCCAUCAAGACACGAACCAUUUCUGCCUCCGUGUAUAACAUCUGUGUGCAAUUGGGGAACAUUAUCGCCAAUAACGUAUACAGAACAAAGGAUUUGCCCUUGUACCAUGUGGGUAAUAGGAUAUUGUUUGCCUUUGCAGUGAUCAUGUUUCCUACGCUUAUUCUCACCAGAUACUAUUAUGUUUGGAGAAAUAAGAAGCGCGAUGAAGUGUGGAAUGCCAUGACCGAGGAGGAGAAGGAAGAGUACGUGGAAGUGAACAAGCAUUUGGGAAAUAAGAGAUUAGAUUUCAGAUUUGUCUAUUGA